AUGGACUUCUGCGAACUAGAAACAGGUCUAGCAGGCCCGGCCAAGAAUAGCAGCCGGCAGAAACAGUUGAGGGCCAGAGUUUACCCCGACAGUGUGAGAGCUGGAGACAACGUUACUCUCAAAUGUCAAACGUCCUGCCAGUUUCCCAGCACAGUUUGGUUUAAAGGUGAACUUCCUGUAGCCAACUCAGAGUUCCAGGCUCAAGCAGAGGAUGCUGGGAAUUAUUGUUGUGCUGCCAAAGGACAGGAGUCCAUUCCAUCUGAACCUGUGGCUCUGAAAGUACAGUAUCCCCCGUUGAUUGUAUCUGUGGGUGAGUUAUUCGGACCACCUGACAGAAGUGUGAAUGUGAGCUGCAACAGUGCUGCUGACCCUCCUGCAGACAACUACACCUGGUACAGGACCUCUGCUUCUGGCUCCAGCUCCUGGUUUCCCCUCCCGCUGGGAUCAGGACCGGUGCUGUCUCUCUCCUCACGCUGGACUGGUGGCAGGUGGGAAUACGCUGCCCUUUCAGUAAAAUGA